UCGCGGUCAGAGUCAGGUAGCUCCUUAUAAAGAGAGGCACUCAACUCUACCCCUCUAGCACUGUAACUAUGGCCAAGGAGCGCACAGAGGGACUAUGCCAUGCACACUCCCGUGCAUGAGCUCCUCUUUAACGGAGUCAACCAGUCUCUGGUUUUCAGACCUACGAAUUAUCCGAUGAUGGGGAUCCUUGGCAAUGGCACCAUCCACCCGAACGGGAGCGAUCCUUUUGGAAGAAACGAAGAGGUCGCCAAAAUAGAGAUAACGGUCCUGAGCAUCACCUUUGUGGUGGCGGUGAUUGGGAACGUCAGUGUCUUGCUGGCCAUGUACAACACCAAGAAAAAGACGUCGAGAAUGCACCUCUUCAUCCGGCACCUUAGUAUCGCUGACCUAGUGGUCGCCUUCUUUCAGGUCCUGCCGCAGCUAUGCUGGGAGAUCACCUUUCGCUUCUACGGGCCAGAUUUCCUGUGCAGGAUAGUGAAGCACCUCCAGGUGAUGGGCAUGUUCGCCUCCACCUACAUGAUGGUGAUGAUGACCCUGGACCGUUACAUCGCCAUCUGCCACCCUCUGAAGACCCUCCAGCAGCCCACCCAGCGGUCUUACAUCAUGAUCAUUAGCACCUGGAUGUGUAGUCUGGUCCUCAGCAUGCCGCAGUACUUUAUCUUCUCCCUGAGUGAGAUCAAGAACGGCUCGGAGGUCUACGACUGCUGGGGCCACUUCAUAGAACCUUGGGGCGUAAAGGCAUACAUUACUUGGAUAACGGUUGGCAUCUUCCUCAUCCCCGUGUUCAUUCUGAUGAUAUUCUACGGGUUCAUCUGCCACAGCAUUUGGAAAAAUAUCAAAUAUAAGACCAGGAAUACACCCGCGGGAGGUGCGUCUAAAAACGGUCUCAUGGGCAAGAACUCCGUUAGCAGCGUUACCACUAUAUCCAGAGCGAAGUUGAGAACGGUCAAAAUGACUUUUGUGAUUGUCCUGGCAUACAUUAUUUGCUGGUCACCUUUCUUCAUCGUACAGAUGUGGUCGGUGUGGGAUGAGAACUUCGCAUGGGAUGAUUCUGAGAACACUGCUGUCACACUGUCCGCGCUCCUCGCGAGUCUAAACAGCUGCUGUAACCCGUGGAUAUACAUGAUCUUCAGUGGGCAUCUCCUACACGAUUUUACUCACUGUUUCCCGUGCUGUAAUAAUUUACGCCACAAGUUCAAGAAAGAGGACAGUGACAGCAGUCUCCGGAGAAAUACGCUAUUGACUAAAAUGACCAACCGGAGCCCAACAUGCAGUUCGGCUUGGAAAGACCCUGACAACUCCCCCAAGUCCUCCAUUCUAUCGAUCCAAGCAGAGACCUAACACAGUGCGUUAAAAGCACAAACACACGACAGAGUUUAUUUAUAGUUGACUCUUAUUAACUUGAGAAUUAUAAGACUUUCAAGGUACCCCUUAAAACUGUUGGGAUAUUGACACUGAUUGAUUAAUUAAUGUGUCUCUAAAAAUAUUUGUGAUUAUGCAGUGGUUUGGGGGUCUAUUGUUUGGUAUGCCAUACAGAAAAAAAGCUCAAGAAUUAAGUCUUGAUAAAGUCAAAGUGAUAAGCUAAAAUGACAAAGUGAUUAAUUAUUUCCUCUGGUAUAAACCAUUAUUAUGUGAACAUUAUGUCUUUGUUUGCCAUAUACAGGCCAGUUUUUCAUCAGGUUACAAACCUGAUUCUAUGGAAUCUAUUAUCGUUUAUAGUGGGUGAAUUAGGCUACAUAAGAUCUGAAUAUGAAAAUAUAUAAUAGUGGAAAAGAAACAGAUAAUCUGAACAUAUUUAAAUACCAACAGCUAUAGCUAUAUCACUUUUUUUUAAACUUCCUACAACAUUCCACAUUCCAGAGUCCUCUUUUCUAUGCACUCUGAGUUGAUAUGAUCCAGCCUAGGAAUUUCUACAGCAAAACCCAGACCACUUCAGAUGACGAAUUACAGAUCUGUGACCAAGAUGCAUGGAUUAGAUCAUCACAGUCAUGCUAUUAAGAUAAUGCACUUUUUUAAUAACAGUUAUGGCUGCCGGCUGUUUGUUUGUGUGUGUGUGACUAUGUGUUGGCCAUAUUUGCCCAGUGAGUCUCUCAGUGUGAAAUGAAAUUCAUUUGGCCCUGACUGUUUACAAAGUAACAGAGGUGCCUGCCUGCUGGCCUGGUGGACUUCUACAUUGGACCAUUUUCCAUCCCUUUCUUCUUUUAGUAUUUUCCAAAACAAUUCCAUAGAGCCUCAUAGCUCAUAAAUCUAUGAUAAAUCAUUUUUGCUGCAUUUAGAACACUCACAAAAUGUCAAUUUGGGAGUCAUCAUCAUCAUUAUUAUUCAUCCAGUUUAUACAGUUUAUCAUUGUCGUUAACCCCUAGUUAAAUCACUGGACUCUAUUAGCCUCCGUGGCUGGAGCCUCUGCCGACAGUGUUGAGAGACAAGAUGUGACUGUCUCCCUCAGCUUGAGAAUAACUAACAUACAUUUAGAGGGAGGGGAAUGCUAGUGUACUAUGUAUGCAUUAACCUCGUCCCAGGCUAUAUUCAUAGAGAGAGAGAAUCGUCUGGUGGAUGAGAUGAACUGUGUAUGCAUGUUUAGGGGGGGAAGUGAGUGAAGUAGGAGAGGCCGUUUGAGAAGAAAGAGCACCUACUGUUGUGUAUAGACUAUACUGUAUAUAUAUAUAUAUAUAUAUAUAUAUAUAUAUACUGUAUGUGUGUGUGUGUGUGUGUGUGUCACAGCUCCUCCCAUAGCCUCCACAGCCUCCACAUCAGCAACAUUUGAAAAAAUACACAUUCCACAACACAGGCUACUGGUUAAAAACACAGACACACUUCCUGACUUCCUGCCUGGGGAAACCUAUUGUUUUGGACACAGCCCACAUUGUAACACCAGGCUACACAAUUUGCUGUACGUUCAUGCCAAUGUAUUCUAUAGGAUGUGACUGACAUUUCAUUGCCAGACCAAAUGCACUAAAGAAUGUACUAAAAGGAAAAUACUGAUGUAAAAUAUAAAACCUCAAGUAAAGGUUUUCCAAUUUGUAUAUACAGUAUGUACUGUACAAUUGGAAUGUAUGUUUCUAUAGAACACAAGUUUUGCCAGUGUUGAAGAUAUCUAUAUGAAUAAGUUAUGUAAAGUUGUGUAAUGUGACUUUGCAUCUAUUUCCCCUUGCUUGUACACAUUGUAAA